CGUUCCUCCUCCGCCUCGGCUCGAUUUCACACUGCCUGCAUAUUCUUUCCCUCCCCCUCACCUCCGGACCAUUGCUGGACACCUCGCAUCUGCUGCCACAGUCGUUCGUACAGACAGACGGUUCUCUUCUUUACUUUACAUCCCCUUCGUGCUGUGUCUGCCGCCGCCGCAUUCCGCCCACACAUGGACCCUUCGUCCUUUCUCGGCGGCUUUGCCUCGAACGCGGACGGCGCCGCCGGUCCCUCUUCAUCUUCGUCCUCGUCGCCAUGGCAGCCAAGCUACUUCGCCACUGCUGGUACCUCCAAUGACGUCCCUGCCGACCUAUUGCGGUGGUACCAGGAGCAGCAGAUGAACCAAGCGGGCGCUCAGCCGCGGCAGAAUGCUCAAGCUUCCCAGCCCCCUCCCUUUCAGUCGCAGUCGUUCGGAGGCGGAGGCAACCAGAAUUACAACUUCAAUAUGCCUUCUGCGAGUACUAUCAAGCACGAAGACAAGCAGGACAGUCAUACUGGGCCCAUUCGCCAGAAGACGUCAGGCGGCGCAUCAUCCUCUUCUGGCCCUAUUAAGUCAGCGCCAUCAGCGGACGAUGAGGGGCAGAGUCCUGACAGUAGCAAGGCGGGCGCAUCGGGGAAAGCGGCGCCGGUACGGGCAGCCUGUUUGUUCUGUCGGGCCCGCAAGUCGAGAUGCAAUGGCCAACAUCCUUGUCACAAUUGCAUCAACCGGGGAAGGGAAGAUGACUGCAUAUACACCGUCUCUCGGAGAGGAGGCAAACCCAAGCCAAAGCCAAACCAGUCGCAGGAGGAAGCCAACCUGGAGCAGCAUCUCAAGAGACUCUUCAGCCUCUCGCAGCUUCCGCAACAGGUUCGAGUGCCUGGCGCUAUACCCCAGCUGAGAGAUGCCCAAUUGAGUCAAGAGCAGGAGACUAAUGCUGGAGGCGCAGGGGGAAGCAAGAACUCUGGCAAUCCGAUGCCACGGUCACUGCAGCAACCACAGCCGCCGGCUCAGCAAAAUCAGCAGCUACCCCAAGCAUCUCAGAUGCCCUUUUUGCCUUCGUCAGGUCAUCAAAUGAUGGCUUCGCAAUCGCCGUACUCAGCUCCCUCUAUGACUCAGUCUCCACCGAACCCGAUGGGAAUGUCUGCCAAUGCAGGACCCCAAUGGGACUCCAUGGCAGCCCUCUACAGCGCGAUGAAUGAUUCAUAUGGCCUGAAUCUCAUGCCGAACAACAUGAACGCUUCCCCAGCCACGUCCAACCCAGCUGCUCUAGGGCAGCCUCCUGAUCCGUCACACCAGCGUCAACAGACUCAACAAGAACCCUCGCCCACCUCUGCAUGGCCGGUUCAGCAACAGCAGCAGCAGCAGCCCCUGCGGCAGAGCAUCCCUUCCCAGCAACAAACGCCCCUGUCUUCAGCGCCCGCCACUGGAUCGGACCCACCCCCCGGCUUUCCGCCGCGAGCUUCCGUGUACACAAUCCUGCUCGGGUAUUACAACACCCUGUAUCGAUUCAUUCCGGUUUUUGCGCCACCUCAGCACAUUCACGAGAUGUCGCAGAGGCUUUCACUCGAUUCGCCCUUCAUCUUGGCAUUACAAGCCAUUUUGCCUCUGCUGCAGGAUGGAGAAUCGACGAGUGCUUAUCGCUCACAAGGUGCCAGUUCCGGUGGUCAAGCUUUCGCAGCUGGCUUCGGCAUCGGUCCAGGUAACAGUGGCUUGAACUUUCCCACGUCCGAGCGGAAAGCCGAACUGUUGGCCAUCACUAGUCACUACGAGAAGCGGGCUACCGAGACGAUCGAGCACGUUCUUGAGCAGGCCGAGAGUCAACUUCAAGGCUCGAGCCAGCCAUUGACCAACAAGGGCACGACUAUUGGAGUCAUACAGGCCUUGGCCGUUCUCUGCGUGUAUCACUACGGGAGCGGUAGAGCUCUCAAGGCGCGCCUGAAGGCAGAUCAGGCGCUAGGGUUGGCAAUGGCUAAAGGUCUCCAUCGUCUGAGGCGUCCAAGGGGAGACUCUCCAAAUGCGAUGGGCAGCAAGAGCAGCUUCGUCUCCUCUGAUGACGUCUUUGGGACUCAAUCAUUGUACUCUCAACUGCCAGAACAAGUCAGGUACGAGAUGGAGAAGAGGAUCUGGUGGACAUGCUGGUCAAGCUCUCUAUGGUGCAGCUACAACACCGCCAUCGCACCUACGAUCAGAGCAGAUGACCCGCGUGUGAGGACAGAGAUGCCUACUGCGCAAGAUCCGACCGUCUGGCCGGCCAAUAUUCGAUCACUACAAUCGCUGCUUCUGAUUCAGGAGAGAGUACUUGCACUUGCGCAUUUCAAGGAUGGUGGGGAGGGAGAUGGAGAAGACGGUGCAGCGAGCAGGAAGGAUGAUGUGUCGCUCUUCUCGCCGCAACGCAGCAGUUAUGCUCAAUCCUCCAACGGCAGAGGUGAAACACCAGCAGGGGAACAAGCUGCGACCUUCUCCUCGCUGCCGAACAACGCCAGCCGGCAAGACGUUCUCGACUCGAUGUUGGAGAUUGACCGUUCUUUGCAGGAACAAAUUACCCAGAUCGAGGCGGAUGAAGCUUCCUUCAAGCAACUCUGUCAAGAGCCCGCGUCCGCGUCGAUGCAGGGCGAGGAAUCCCUCAGUCGUGUGGAUGACGACCUGGCGAUGUACCUGAAGCGGUCAGCGGCUAUUCAGCUGUAUACCAGCUCCCUCACUCUUCAUCUGGGGCAAGCCUUCCAAGGAGCUUCACUCUUCGAGAGGAAGCUGUGCUUCUUGAACACUGUCACAGAGAGUGAUCCAAGUGCGGCUUGUCAGGUGCCCAUGCCCGAUAGCUUCUCGAGCGCAUUUGGCUUCGCUGAUGGUACGGAGGGCGACAACGACAGCGGCGAGAAGGGCCAAGGAGGCGGAAACAUACAGGCCUCUCCUGCAGGAGCGAACGCUGCCGCUCUCGGCCAAGAGGAUGGCAGAGCCUCUACGAGCGCGCAAGACUUGUUUGCCCGUGGACCCUUUUUGCCAAAGGACUCGCUGGGCCGCUGUGUGCAUGCUUCGAAGAGGCUGCUAGAGAUUGCCCGCUCAAAGAGGAAGGAGCCCAACCCCUUCAAUGCCUGCUCCUACGUGCUCAUCUCCUUCACCCUCCUCAUGCAGGCUCUGGCGGUCAGCAGUAGCGCCUCGUCUGGCAGCGACAGUAGAGGCAACUCGGCUGAUGCUGAUGGUGAGGGAGAAGAAGACGCGGAGACGGAUGGAGACGAUUACGAGGGAGACUACGACAUGAGCGACUUCCUAGCCGGCGUCAGUAGCAGCGGUGGCGGUGGAGAAGGGGACAACUCCCUCUGGACCAACCAAGGCGACGCAACCGCUCCGAACCAUGCAGACUUUUCUGCUUUCAGCAGAGGGCUCCUGCAAUCUGCUCAAGGAGCAGCAGCUCUCGGUGGCAGUGGAUCCUCCUCGCAGCAGCAGACACCCUUCGAAGUCACCCCACAGGCUGGACAACAGCCACCAUGGGACUUUUCCGCUCCCACCACUGGCACUACUACUGGCACCGGUGGCCUCUCCAACAACGAUGACCUUAUGACUGGCGUUGAUGGCAGUGGUAGCGGUGGUGGACAGGACUCGGCUGAAGCACAAGGAGCAGCACAGCGUCGUCGUGAAAAGUUGCGAGAGAUUUGGAGUCGGGUGAGGGAAGCGCAUGCUACAUUGAAGGAGCUAAGCAAGUAUUGGAAAAUGGUAGAGCCAAUGGCAGAUGAAGUCUCGCUCUGUCUGGAGACUUCGCAGCUACUACUGCAGCAGUGAGUCACUCCUGCAGGUGAAUGGCAAGGUGGACUAGAAGAUUGCCUGCUGGGCCACCCUCCCCGCCUUCAGAGGGCCUGCAUGGUAGCAAUGCACUGCUUGGCCAUCGUCUUCCCUCGCCUCGCCUCGCCUCGACUCGCCUUGCAAUAGCGACCCUCUUUCCUCUCUCCCUCUUCCUCUUCUGCUAUCAUUCAUAUACACAAUUUUCUUGUAUACUUAUAUAUUGGCGGAAUCAGGCAUGAGUGUGAGCAAGAGUAAAAAGGUAAUGCAAUAUGCAUUUAUAGAGACUAGAUCAGGACAGGAUCAGAACA